CAAUAACUACGACAACACUAAACAGCGACAACAAACAGUGUCAGCAACAGCAACAGCAACAGCAACAGCAACAGCAACAGCAACAGAAACAGAAACAGAAACGGCUACAACAAAAAAAACCACUACAAUUCCAGCAGCAACCACUUUCGCAAUCAUAAAUUGGAGAAAGAAAGAAAGCAAGAGAGAGAAAGAGAGAAACGAAUAUAUACAUUUAUAUAUAUUUAUAUAUAUAUAUAAAAAACACACACACACAUACACACACGUAUAGAAUGACGCUUCCGUUAACCAAGAUCCGCGAUUUAUCCUUCAAGACAUCCAUCUAUGGAAUUGAAGAACGGAUUGUACUCGACAUUGGAUCCUGUUACAUCAAAUGUGGUCUCUCUGGUGAGGCGCGUCCUCGACACUUUAUUUCCAUGUUUCUCUCAGACGAAGCACUGGAUAACUAUUUGGGAUUGAAUCCUGUCCGCCCCAUGCACUUUGGACACGACUGUAAUGAAUUCUGUAACGAACGAGCCAACCAUGUCUUUCGGGAAGCUCAUCCUCUUGAGUAUGCAGAACUAUAUGAACUGGAUUUAAUGCGAAAGGAUGGUCAGGGGCAUUCAGAGGAAGAACGAUUAAUGAUUCUGGAAGAACGACUCUCUGAGUACCUUUAUGACGUGUACUUUAAACAUCUGUUGACGGACCCAAAGCAGAGAAAAGUUAUUAUUUGUGAAUCUCCAUUGGCUCCUAUUGCCUUGAAGCAGACCAUUGCAAAAGUGUUGUUUGAGAAGUUGCAGGCACCUUCUAUCUCCUUCACAAAUUCACAUUUGUUAGCAUUGUUGACAACAGGAACAGCUACAGGAUUGGUGAUUGAUUGUGGACAUUUGGAAACUUCGGUUCUUCCCAUUUAUUCAUCACGCCCAUUAACACCAUUUAUUCGGACAACACCUCGCGCUGGCAAAUUCCUUUCGACUCAUUUGAAACAACUUCUUCGUGAAAAAUGCCCUGUUUCAUUGGUGGACAAUCCUACAGAUCUCCGGACAAUACCCGAGUCCAUCUUGACCUCUGCAUUUCUGGAGACUAUCAAGACUCGACUGUUGUUUGCAUCUCCCUUGAUCGUCAACGCUCGAAGUGGGGAUAAUAUUAACGAGGAUGAGAUGAACAAUAAUUAUCGGGACCUAUCCUCUUCAACUGAGGUUCAUGUUGAGGUCUGGUUACCGGAAGAACAAGCUCGUGGGAUCCUGGCUAUUCCCGGUUGGAUCCGAGAAAGAGCAAGUGAAUGCUUGUUCAAUGGAGAUGAGGAUGCUUUGAGUGUGACGGACACAAUACUAGAGACCAUCGCAAAAGUACCCAGUGAUUUGAGGAGACCUUUGAUCAGCUCUAUGCUCUUGAUCGGUGGCACUGCACAGUUGCCGAAUAUUCAGAGCCGUCUCCUGCAGGAAAUCCGACGCUCCUUACAGUCAAACCCUAAAUGGGCUAAACUGGCAGGCUUAGUGGAUUCGGUCAGGUUUUUAGAUGACUUGACAGCUGAAGACAAGGCCGCGCUUUCCACAGCGGUUGGGUUUGUAGGAGGAGGAGCAGCACCAGCAAUAACAGCAGCAGGAGCUAGUAGAAGCAACACUCCCAGUCUUAGUCGGAGUCAUUCAAUGUUGGAUCAGGACGAAGGAUCAGGUUUCGGACCGGGUUCAGCCAUCCCUGGUACUCGUGACAGAGAGAAAAAAUCCGGUUCAAAAGAAAAGAAGCCGUAUCAGAGUAGUGGCAAAGUCUUCAUGCCCAAUUGUCGCUCAUGGAUCGGGGGCUCUUUAGUUGGAUCGCUCAAGGUCUCGGGACCUGAAAUCUUGCGCGAAAACUUUAAUGGAACAGUGCCUGACUGGUCUACAGCCAGUCUCUCUGCAACUCAAACCCAUCAAGAUGCUGCUACUACAUCCUCUAUGGUCGCUUCUGCUCUUGCCAUUUCAUAUUAGGUUGUUCUUAAAGAAAAAUAUACAAUAAU